AUGAAUGCACUUAGACUAUUGGAAUCGGGUGAUUUUUCCGAUGUCAACGUUUUUUUCGACAACGAGAUUUAUCAUCUUCACAAAUUUCCGCUACUUUUAAAGAUGGGCUACGUAAAGGACAAAAUUGGAGUGUCAUCCGACUUACAGAUGCCUUUUUUGGACGGAGGAUCGGAUAUUUUUGCUGAUAUUGUUGCCUUUUGCUAUGGCAAAGAAAUUGAGAUUAAUCCACGCAGCAUAUCUUUUUUGAGCAAUGCAGCUCAUAUUCUCGAUAUGUUUGGCAAACAAAAUCUUAUAGAUCUUACAGAUGACUACGUCAACAUCCUUAUUACGGAUAUGAGAAUGUCUCACAAGUUCGGUCCUGCAAUAGUUGCACUUGCCUAUUCAGCCAGUUUAAAGAACUAUGAGUAUUGUGACAUAUUCAUCCGUUUGUUUGAUGCCAUUCUAAGUAUGUGGAUUCGGCGAUCCCAACACAAUGACGAAAGACUAACAGUUGAUCCAGUGCUUACAGAAUUUCUCGUUUUCCUACCCGAUAAUGUAGUUGCACGUAUCAUACAGGAAAUCUCUACAAUGAAAUCGACAUUCUGUGCUAUGGCUGAGUUAACUGCAAAGUUUUUUGCCCUCCGUUUUGCCUUGGAAGCUUCCUUAGCAGAAGCAAGCGAUGAUCGUGGACGUCAAUUUAGUGAGGAAAAUGGUAGACAAGAUAGCAAAGUUGAUCAAACAUCUACAAAUCAUUUAAAGAAAGCCGCCAUUUGCACUUGUCUUCCUUUUGAGAGAUUAAACAGCCUUGAUCGUGAUGUACUAGCAGAAGAACUGUCUGGCGUUAACUUUGAUUCCAUUCCUUUGGAAGAAAUCAUGGACAACAUAUUUUCGGCUUUGCCACGUGAUGUUCCAUUGGUUUCGAAGGUGAACGUCGAUUGGUGCAAGCAAGCCCUCUCCGUGACAGAGCGGCGUCGAGACUCUUCUGCCAGUCGACCGUUCAUUCUUGAUAUAGCCGGCAAAAUGCUGUCUCGAUUCAGUGUCCAAGAGCUACGAGUCAUCUCCCCACAAACCAUUAAAGACAUCCUCGCAACAAUGAACCUGCGCGCCAGCCAGUCGGCUUCCGUUUCUGGUGAUGGUACAUCGUCAGGUUUGGCUACGAUGGCCGGAGAGGAGCGGAAAGGGGAGACAAACUCCACCACCGGGGGCUCGCAACUGCUGUGUGAGGAGCCAUCAACAAUAGCAGACAACCUUGACCUCUACUUGAACGCUGCGAUUGAGAGCCAAAAUAUGACUAUUGAGGAGUACAUCGGACUGUUGAAAACGGCUUUGCCAUUGGAUAGGAGGGAAAAUCACGAUGGACUUAUCCGAGCAGUUUGCAAACUGGUCAAAUCAAACAAGGAAGCGUUGACAGACAAUUUGCGAGAGGAGAUCCUUGGAGUGUUGGAUCUGCAUCGCUGUUCAGCCGCAGCCCUGCAGGAUGCUCUCGACGCCAACAUUCUUCCAACCCGAGCGGUGGCAGAAGCUGCACUUCGCUUCGCCAAACAAAAUUCCUCCGCAUCGGUUAUCUACCGAGCUUCGAGGUAUAUGCUGCCUUAUCAGCACUACGGGGCGUCGGCCUAUUACCCCAUUUCCUCCUCAACAAGUACAGGCUACCUGCUAGGCUCACCGGUGCGUCAGCGCAGACGACCGUGGGAGAGACCCGUCUACGGCUACGAUGACGGGUUGCCGCCGAUCUAUCGGCACUACGAUGCUGGCGGCUGUGUGCAGUAUCUGCAUCGUAAGUCCACAAAACUUUCCACCGCCUCCCUUUACAGCGUCUCAAAGCAGCCACGAGCCCUUGAGCAACAGGAAGAGAGUCUGAUUCUCUUCUUCAACAGUGAAAGCGUACAAAUGGGUUCCUCCUCCAGUCACCCCAUCGUAUGUAAUUCCGACGACUCCACCACAAUAAACAACGCUGCAAGCAUUCAAAAGGAACCCUCUGCUGAAAUCGUCCAUGUCUCCAAUCCUCACAACGUCAAAUCAUGCAUACAGGCGCAUACAGAGGAGAUAAACUGUUUGGUUGCAUCAGCCGAUGCCACAUUAUUAGCCUCGGGAUCAGAGGACUGUUCUGUACGUCUGUGGUCAAUGGAAACAUUUGAAUGCGUUCAUGAGCUUGUCGGACAUAGUGACUACAUCACCUGCCUGGUGUUUGCGGUGAAGGAGUUGCUAUCUGGAUCUGGAGACAUGACUGUGCGCAAGUGGAGUCUCAAUAAGGGCGAAUGUCUUUUUACUAUCACUGGUCACACGGGUGCAAUCACCUCAAUUCGAGUCACUCAAACGCAAAUUUUUACCUCUGGAAACGAAACAUUUGUCUACUGCUGGAGCCUUGAAGACGGCGCCCAGAUUCGGCAAUUCAAAGGCCACAAGGGUGCAGUCUACGGUAUCCACAUUAUUACAGGCGAUCGAGAUAGCAAUACAACCCCAGAGGGCGGGGAAGCAUCCGUUGGACGACGACGUGUAAGAUUUGUCACCUUCUCGGUCGAUUGUACGGUACGUUUAUGGAACGCUACCAGAUCAGUCAGCCUCCAGACGUUUGCGGGACACACCGGACCAGUUACUUGCGUGGCGCUGAGCCAGGAUCGUCACUACCUCUACUCGGGGUCAUCUGAUGGUCGAAUUGCGAGUUGGCUGAUCGAAACCGGACAGAGGAUUCACUGGUUUGAGGGGCAUACAGCUCCAAUCAUCGACUUACUUGUGUGCGAUGGUUACCUCUACAGUGCCAGCACUGACGAGACAGCUAGAGCCUGGGUCACCGGCAUGGCGCAGGAGUUGCGAACUUAUAAACCCCACGGCCACACAGUGUUCAAGUUGGCAUUGAAGGACGACUUGCUGAUAACCGGAUCAGGCGAUGGAGCGAUUCGAUGUUUCGAGACAAACACGGCAAGCAUUGUGGAACGAUUCACCUGCCCUGAGGAGGGGAAAUUCUGCUGUUUUGAGCUUGUGGGAAAGUUGAUAGUCGCUGCCUCACAGGAGGGACGAAUUUGCAUAUUCGACCUCUCUACACUGCUUGAUGGAACCAGGACAAACGGGCAAUGA